UGGGCCCAACAAGGUGUCAGGUUCAUGACCUGGCUACAUCAUACUGCAUCCACAGCAGUAAAUUAACCCCCUUAUCUGUGGUCAAUGAUGUUAUGUAAGCUACCUUUCCUUGCCGCCAGUACAUCAAUUAGUUUCACAGACUUUCCACUUUACUCAGUUCUUGUCAGAAAGUAUUGAAAUGUUUUCCUUUGCAGGAGUCAUAGAUGAAAAGAAACCAUUCAGAAAAUGGGGGCAAGGCAGCUGAAAAGAAAUGUUGAGGCUCUUCUGGGUGAUUACAUUGGGCAGAAACUCAGAGAGAAUUCUUUUGAUCCCAAGGGAAAGGGGACCUCCACAGUGCUGGAUGACCUGGCUCACUAUGAUCUUGCCAUCAGUGUUGCCCUUUGGUGGUUGGACAGGGAACAGGGACGGGAUGCGUUUGACAGAGACAUCAUUGGAACAACAAGCGUCUCAGGAAGUGCCCAGUACCCUAACCGCUUAGAACGGGAAGCCAUGAUCUUGUCAUCCUUUGCUGGGAUGAUUAUGGAUAGUCUGCCAGUGGAGGAAAUCUUGGCUCUGUAUAGGUGUAAACCAGCUGCCUCAUACCCCAACCAGGAAUCCAAGGGUGCAAUUGUCUAUCCCUUCACUCUAUCCUACCAUCCAUUUGCUAUGCUUGGCUCGUACAAGGCCGUGCACCACUCCAAGAGGCACAAUCAAAAGUUGAAAAGAUGGCUGUCUGAGAGGGCAAAGACCAGUGCCCCCACCAGAGGAGUUUCAGUGCAGUCUUCAUCAUCUUCAUCCUCUUCUCACUCCUUUCUCAGUGACAGCACUGAGUGUCAUGAGGACAAAGCUGAGCACUAUGAGGGUUCACAGGAGUCUCUGCAAGGCUGAAGUCCCCCUGAAGCAGCACCUCCUGCAGUGUGUUUCUGUCCUCAUGAUGGUCCUCAUGUCUAUUUUCCACAAGGAAAAAGUGAUUACAGUUUACCACUUUUGCUGCCUUUACUUUAUAAAAACAAAGCUUGAUUAUUCUGUUGGAUUUUGCUGUCAUUAACAAGUGUUAUUGCAACAUUAAAGAUGAUGAUGGUUGUGGCUGAUUA